AUGGACACAAGAAAAUACAAAUAAUUAACUAGCAAAACAGAAUAUGUUCCUAAAAAUUAUGAUGAUCAAAUUCUUGAAGAUUAAGACACUAUACUUAAAUAUGAUAAAAUUAAAAAUGACUAUAAGUAUUUAGAUGCUACAAUCUUUAAUCUAUGUGAGAAGAUUGCUAUAGGAAAUAAACUUUAAGAAUUAUAUUUCACAAAUUAAUAAUAAUCUUUAAAUAAAUCAUCCUUGCCUAAAUUCUUUAAAUUCUAUGUGCAUAACACAGGUUUAAUAUAAUAUAAUUAAUUAUUAGCUCUUGUUCCCAUUUUUUGUUUUUCUCUUGUUUUCAUGAAAUGGAGAAAAACACUUACACUACAUAAAACAGUGUUAUUAUUGUGUGGAUUAUCUAUAACCAAUGAAUUUUUCAAAUAUUAAAAUUGCAUUAAAAUGGAUGAUAACUUAGCCAAAGCAUAUUAGGAACACACUUAAGCUUAUGAUGAUCUCUUUGGAAAUCUUAUUAAUACAUUAACAUUUUAAGAUGUUAUGCGACUCCUUUUUAAUAUUGAUUUUACAAAAGAAAAAUUACAAAGUGAAUCACAUUAUGAUAAUCUCUUAGUUGAAGAUUUUGCAAUGAAUUAUUAAUGA